AUCUGUUAUCAUUCAGAAUAACUACAAAUACAAGGUAAGUGAAUAGAUGAUGAAAUUAGUUGUUGCUGUCGCCUGUUUAUUGGCUGUUGCUAAUGCUGGUAUGUAUGGAGGCGGACUAGGAAUGUAUGGAAUGGGAAUGAUGAACCCUAUGGCUAUGUAUGGAAUGAUGAACCCUAUGGCUAUGUAUGGUAUGAUGAACCCUAUGGCUGCUAUGUACAACCCUAUGAUGUAUGGUGGUUUAGGAAUGAUGGGAGGAUUAGGAAUGAUGGGAGGUUAUGGUGGAUUAGGAAUGAUGGGAGGAUUAGGAAUGAUGGGAGGUUAUGGUGGAUUAGGAAUGAUGGGUGGAUUAGGAAUGAUGGGUGGUAUGUCACCUUAUGGUGCUAUGGGAUUUGGUGGUGUUGGAUUUGGAAACCCUGCUGUUGGUGGACAAGAUCCAAGUCAAGUUAUUUAAAUGAAGAGAAUAAAUUAGAAUAUUUUAUCAUGGUUCAUUGUAAAUAGAAUAAUAUUGAUCAUAUUGUUUAUAAAAUGAGUAAAAAUUUGAU